UCAAACUAGUACAACUGCCUGGAACGGGAAAAAGAUCGACUUUUUAUUUCAAAUCCACAAAAAAAGAACCCAAUUCCUGUGUUGAGUUUGUAUUCGAAAUCAAGGGUUCUCUGUUUUUAACCUCUCUGAAAUCACAUUUUCAUUGAGGUAAAAAGCAGAGGAGUCUUUGGCAAGAAAAGAGAUAGAUUCUUGACAACAAUCGCAAUCCAACAUUCCAAGAAAAUGACCCAUUAAACCAGAAUUUUUCAAAGUUUUGCGGUACAACAAAUUAUUGUUUGUUAGCACAGUUUCAACCUAAUCCCACAUUACUUUUUGAAAGUUUCAGCCGUGAUUUAGAAAACAUUAAUGAGAAUCAUGACAUUUUGACAGUCUCUCCAUGAGCCGCAGAGAAAAGCAUAGAAAUCCCUCAUGAAUGCAUGGGACAAAAAGAGCAACUAAAACAUGUAUUGUUGGGAUUCAUUAAUAUAUUGCGGCGGACUCACACAUUAGUCUGUUUUUUCGCAGGUGAUCAUCAUUGUUUGCUGCAAGAUAUCGAGACCCUCUGGUGUUGUCUUCCAAGAAGAGGAGGGAAGCUUGUGGGUGGAUGAUCCCUGUAGGUUUCCUUAAGAAUCUUGAUAGUUUGAUUGUAUAAUUAUCAUAAGUUUGGGGGUGGAAAUGGAGAUAAUGGAGAGUGGAAGGGAGUUGAGUAGAGGCAAUGAGGAAAGGAUUUACGUGUCAGUGAGGUUAAGGCCGUUGAAUGAUACUGAAAUUUCGAGCAACGAUGUCUCAGACUGGGAAUCCGUCAGUGAUGAUACUAUUGUUUACAAGAAUGCUAGUCUUCUUGCCUCAGAGAGGUCAAUGCAGCUCACUGCCUAUACAGUUGAUAGAGUAUUCGGGAGUGAUUGCUCUACAAGAGAGGUCUACCAGCAAGGAGCCAAAGACGUCGCUCUUUCAGUUGUCCAUGGGAUGAACUCAACUAUUUUUGCAUAUGGACAAACAAGCAGUGGAAAGACAUAUACGAUGACUGGAAUUACCAACUACGCGAUUGCAGAUAUAUAUGAGUAUAUACAGACGCAUCCAGAAAGAGAUUUUAUUUUGAAGUUCUCAGCUAUGGAGAUCUACAAUGAAUCUGUCAGGGACCUGCUCAGUGCAGACAGCACUCCCUUGAGACUUCUAGAUGAUCCUGAGAGAGGAACCAUAGUAGAAAAACUCACGGAGGAAAUUUUGACAGACAGGAAUCACGCGACUCAACUCCUUUCUGUCUGUGAAGCUCAAAGGCAAAUCGGAGAGACAUCUCUCAACCAAAUGAGCUCCAGAUCUCACCACAUUAUUAGACUGACAAUUGAAAGCUCUUCCCAUGAGUCUUUAGGCAGGGAAAACGCAAGCACUCUUGAAGCUGCUGUGAACUUCGUUGAUCUAGCUGGAAGUGAACGAACAUCCCAAUCACUAUCAGCUGGCACAAGGUUAAAAGAAGGCUGCCACAUAAAUCGUAGUUUGCUGACACUGGGGACCGUUAUUCGCAAGCUGAGCAAAGAACGGAACGGCCACAUUCCUUAUAGAGAUUCUAAGCUAACUCGAAUUCUACAAACAUCACUGAGAGGAAAUGCCAGAACAGCCAUUAUCUGCACAAUGAGCCCUGCACGCAGUCAUGCCGAGCAAUCAAGAAACACUCUUCUCUUUGCAAGCUGUGCCAAGGAAGUAACCACAAAUGCCCAAGUUAAUGUUGUCAUGUCUGACAAAGCAUUGAUAAAGCAUUUGCAGAAGGAGCUUACAAGACUAGAAAGUGAGUUGAGAAGUAGCCAGUUCAAUUUUCCCCCGUCAAAUUAUCCUGCAAUACUGAGAGAGAAAGAUUCUCAGAUUGAAAAGCUUGAGAAGGAGAUCAAAGAUCUAAUUCUGCAAAGAGAUAUCGCUCAAGCACAAGUUAAAGAACUUCUACAAAUGCUUGGAGAAGAUGCAAGUUCCAUGGCACAGGUAGGAUUGGGAAACUACCCUCAUUUGCGAGUGCAAAUAUCGCCGCCAGAUGCUGAAAUCGAAGAAGAGGAGACUCCUAUAUCACCAGACCCUCAAUUUUUUGAUGUUGAUAUCGAAGCAUAUUCUCAUGGAUACAGUAGGAGCAGUUCGGAGGAUCAUUUUGUGAAAGUUCCAUAUUUUGAUGAGAAUUUUCUGAACAAUACUGUAUCUCCAAGGAUCUUAAUGAGCAGUUCAAACUCUAGUGAGAGGGAUCCGUAUCAUGUUUGGGAGGAGAUUGAGAAACAAAGUAAUGGAGUUUUCGAGAAGAAAGUUCGUUGCAUUGAGUCGGAAGAUUUGAGUUAUAGGGGGCUAAUAGGAUCCAAUUACACAUCUUCGGAAGACAAUGCUGAAUUCCCUGCGUUCAAAGUGCAUAUAAAUAGAGAGGAUCAAUAUAUGGAAUUGGAAUCACAUCUGGCGGUUAAAGAUCUAGGAUUUACAUCGUCUCAUUUGAAGGAUGAUAAUGAAGGGAGGGAAGAUAUAGCGUCUGGAGUCAUGGCCUCAAAGGAAGUCGAAGAACUGAUUUCUUCAUCAAUGAUAGCAGACAAUGAAUCAAUUUCAACAAUGCUCAAGGAAGAGAAAGAUUUUAGCUCCAUUCAAUUUCUUGAUAUUUCAUCUCUUGAAAAUAUAUCCAUGACACAUCAUCUAGCUAAAGAUUCAUUUGGAUCCAGGAGCUUGAACUUAGACAGAAGUAGAAGUUGCAAAGCAAGUAAUAUUACUAUCUCAGCUUCUCCAUGGUUAAAAAUGAUGGAAUACAGUGGUAAUACAUCGUCUUUUGGUUCAGAAAGAGAAUCUGAGGCUGGUGGUGGAGGGAAAAUAUAUACAUUAAACUUUAGCACAUGUGUGAAAAAUUUAUCUAGAACAGAUUUUCAGUUUCCUAGAGAAGAUGCUCUUGAUAUUGAGAGUGACACCCCAUCUGUAAAAAUUUCAACUGUUGAAGAUGGUGGUGGCAGCACUUCUGACUUGAUAGAAAAAGCUGAGCUCGCAACUGAACAAGAAACUACUAUAAAAUCAGGGAAGGGGAUGGAGAUUGCACCAAAGGUCAAUGAAUCUACGAAGAAGGAUGUCAAAGGUGUUGGAUUAAAUCCAAUUGAGGAUAAAUAUAAAGGUCUUACAAGUUGGCCUGUGGAAUUCAAGAGGCUUCAAAGAGAAAUAAUCAACCUUUGGCAUGCUUGCAACAUCUCACUAGCGCAUAGAACUUACUUCUUCCUGCUUUUCCAAGGCGAUCCUUCCGAUGCUAUAUAUCUGGAGAUAGAGAUGAGGAGGAUGAAAUUCUUGAAGGAAAAAUUCUCUAGGGGAGAAAAGGCCACUGUGUAUGGAAAACGUCUAACACUUUCUUCAAGUGCAAAGACUCUUCGCCGGGAAAGACGAAUGUUGACUGAGCAGAUGUCAAAGAAGUUCUCAGAACAAGAAAGAGAAAACCUCUUCCUCGAGUGGGGCAUUGGUCUCAACACUAAACUGAGAAGACAACAGCUGGCUAAUCUCGUCUGGACGAAGACAGAAGAUAUUAACCACAUUGCCAAUAGUGCAUUCCUUGUUGCAAAGCUGGUUGGUUUUAUCGAACCAGGGCAGGCUCCUAAGAAAGAGAUGUUUGGCCUAAAUUUUGCACCAAAGGGCUCGACCGGAGUCUGUAGUUUCAAACGCAGCCUGGUAUCUCUCUUUUGAUGUUGAGUCCAGGCCAUUGACAUGUAGAUACAUGUAGAUAGUGUAAUGUGUUUAACUAGCUCUUUCGUCAUUAUAAUUUUGGGGACAUGGAUUCCCUUUUCUUUUUGCAUUUCAGUUGUAAUUUAUUGUAGGGACCCGAGGGAGUUCAUAUUUUCAGAGUGGUGGGGUGAAAUGGUUUAAGUUGGUAUCCAUUUUCUCCUCUCCUGUAAUGUACAACAUGAAAUAACAAGUAUAAA